AUGGUACAUUAUAAAGCUUUUAUUUUUACCUUCCUUAUUUGGGAAAGGGAAAAUACCAAAAAUUGUAAUUCAAAUAACACAUGUGAUGUUGAGCAGAAUGAACUACACAUUAAACUAGGUAUGAGAGUUUCUAGAAUUUUAUACGAAUUGGAUCGCAUCCAUAGUUCAAAUGGUCAUGGUAGUACUAUAUCUUUAUUAGGUACGAACAGUAAUAAUGGUAACAAAAAGUAUGGAAAGAAUUAUAAAGAACGUGUAGAUAGUUAUGAAAAUGUUAAUGAUGACGAUGAGGAAAAUGAUGAUGAUGAGGAAAAUGAUGAUGAUGAAGAUUUUGAAAAGGUAAAAAACCCAUAUGCAGAUGUUUAUAAUUCAUCCGUAGAAUCAUUAGGAGAUAGUUCUAAUGAUAUUUUUAAUAAGCGUGGUAAUAAGAAUGGCUCAAAUAAUAAUGUCAAGCAAAAUUUGAAGAAUUAUCAAAAUAAAAACAGCCAAAAGACAAAUUAUAAAAUAACACAGAAUGAAAAUGUAACAAAAAAACAUAAUGAAGUUAAUGGAUUGGACAGUGAAUUCAGAAAAAAAUUGUUUGAUAGUAAGAGUAGUUUAAGUAGUAGCACGGAAAAUCUUGGUAUAUAUUUCGAUAAAUAUUGUAAUGAUAGUAAAAAGAAUAACGGACAUAACAAAAAAACGAAACGCAAUUAUAAAGAUGAAUUAGAUGAUAAAAUUGAUGAAGUUAUAUUAAGAGAUAAAUUAGCUGAACGAGAUGUAUUAACAAAUAACAAAAAAGAGAACAGUUCAGUAAAAAAACAAUCAGAUAUGAAUUUCCCAGGAUUUUUGCUUAAUUAUAAAUAUAAUCAAAGAGAUAAGUAUAACUAUCAUUUAAAUCAUAAGGAAGUUGUAUCAGAAUGCUUAAAAAAUUUGAAAGAAAAGGAAAAAAAAACAUUACAAAAAGUAUUAGAUUCUAAUAUGUAUGAUGAUGUAAAUCCAUUGGAUAAGAAAGAAGUCCAAGAGAAAUUUAAAACUCGCUCUAGUAAUAUAUUAAAAAAAAAAUAUAAUAGUGAAAAAGAUAGACGGGAUAUUGAUAGUAGUUCAGAAGAUGAAUCAGUAUUAAGAAAAAAAAAAACAUCUUAUCCUAAGCAAAAAUAUUUAAUAGUGUUAUUGAAAACAAAGAAUAGUAGUUCAAAAUCAAUGGAGGACCUUAGAGAACAAAUAGAUAAAACCAUGGACAAUAAUACUGCAUUAAUUGCUCAUGCGUUACUAAAUAAAAUUGAAAAGGUUAAAAAUGAUAUAUCAGAUAUGAAAGAAAAACAUGCAAAAGAAACCCAAUAUCUUAAUUCCAAACUUAAAAGAAGUGUUAAACGUGCCUUUUUCUGUAUACCGUUAAUUGUCCUAAUAGUAAAUAUAACAUUCCUAAUUCUAUUGGAAGUAUUUUAUAUUUUUUCUUUUCCGUCUUUAUUUGUUAUUUUUACUAUUGUUAUUGGAAUAUUUCUUUCAUACGUCCUUGCGGGGAAACUGUUAUAUGGAUCUCCAAUGAAAUUGAUACGUAAUCUAUUUCAAAUUAACUUCUAA